CUUGCUGUCACCACCGACCAUGUUCUCUGCUCUUCGUUCCGCGUCUGCUCGUGCCCCCACGCGCGCGUUCUCGACGACCGCGACGCGUCGCGCGGAUCUCUCCAAGCUCUCGCUCAUCGGCCGUCUGGGCAAGGACCCGGAGCUGCGCACGACGAAGACCGGCAAGGAAUACGUGUCGUACACCGUCGCCACGACCAACUACCCGCCUCCUCCCCCCAAUCCCGACGGCACCCGUGCUGAAUCGACGACGACAUGGCACCACGUCCUCUGCUUCAACCCGAGCUCGAUCGCUUACCUCCGGAGGCUCGAGAAGGGCGCCCGUGUCUACGUCGAGGCCAACUUCGAGCUGCGCGAGCCCGACCCAUCCGCGGACCCCGCCACCCCCCAGGGCCAGCGCCAAAUUUUCCUCCGGCAUGAGCUGAUCCGCGUUCUGCAACAGCAACACCACAACAACAACCAGUCUUCCAACAGCGAGUCUUCGGAUUAGGAUGCUGUUCGACUGCAGGGUCUCGCAGCCUCGCGUAGCUGCUGCGUUUACACUUAUACACUUUUCCAUGUCAUAAUUCUUGUUAAUGGCUCUCCUUUCUAUCCAUCCUUCCACCCUCCCGUCAUACCGCACCUUUACAGAGGUCUUGAUUGCGUGCAGCGUACGAAUGGCAUGGCUUCCCCCACUCUCAACUGAG